GAUAUUUUUGGUUUUUUUGUGUCUCACAAAGUUUUUACUUAGAAGUUUUAAGUUAAAAAGAAGUUAAUUUACAGUGAUUAGUAAUUUGAUCGAAAGGAUGCAACUUUAUCUUAAAGUGGGCAUGAUUAUCGUGCUGAUGUUGUUGACGGUCAACGCACAACAAUAUUCUUCUGACGAUAGUUUGCCAGCUGAAGAGUUGAGUGCUGUAGUGCGCGCUUUAUUACAGCCCGAGAAUUACAAGUACGAGAUGCAUAGAAAAUCUUUGGAAAAUGCUUUGGAAAACAUUCUUGCAGCUGCUGCAUAUGAAUCUGAAUAUUACGAGCCACUUGAGGAAGAUGAGAAACGUUCAAUUGCGACACUUGCUAAAAAUGGUCAAUUACCGUCAAAGGAACCUGACACCGAAAUGGAGACAUUGAGUGAUGACGACAACGGUCACAAGAGAAACAUCGCUUCAAUGGCUCGUUCCGGUCACAUUGGUGGGAAAAGAAAUAUUCAAUCAUUGGCAAGACAAUGGCCAUAUGGAAAUGGCGGAAAAAGGAACAUCGGUUCAAUAAUGCGGGACAACAUGUUUCCGGGAUCUGGAAAAAGAAAUAUUGCAUCAAUGGCGAGAAACGGAUUUGGGAAAAGAAAUGUUGGGACUUUAGCGCGCGAUUGGGCAUUGCCAAAGUUUAAUGGAAAACAACUCAUGGAUGAUGGAAAGCGAAAUAUUCAGUCAAUGAAGAACUCAAUUAAAAGCGGUAGAAAGAAGCGCGAUGUUGGAGAAAACGAAGCAUUGGAACCUUUCUAUCAAAACGGACCAGUUGACUAUGAAGAACUUUUGCAAUCGUUAAACGAUGAAUUUCCUUACUUCCAAAAUCCAGCUGAGAAAAGAUUUUUAGCAACAUCCGAUUCUGAUCCAUCUACUAUUUCAUCAUCGAGUGGAUAUCAAAAAAGGCACAUUGGGUCGAUGGUCGAAUACUUCUACCCACAAGAUCAUCUACGCCCCAUCGCCGCCACUUCCUGUAGACGUUGUGACUUUGAUCAUUGGAGCGGAGGAAAGAGUCGUUGGGGGUUUAGUGAUAAUAAUUUAGGAGUAAGGAGCUUAACAUCACCUCUAAGAACACGUUCAGGAUUUCGAUCGACACCACCAAGAGUGACGGCAUUAAGUUGGCGGGAUAGAUUUUAAAUAAGAAUGUUAAAUGCUCCCCAUCGUUAACUUUGUUUUUAUUUCGGAUCAGCUUUUCCAUUUUGUAUAUUUUUCUCUCACUCUUUAGGAUCGUAAAGAUUUACAUAAAAAAAGGAAUCGUUUAAAAUAAUUGAAAGGCGCUCAAAAAAUUAUAAACAAACAUAAGCGAAAGCUUAAUUUAAGUUAAAAAAAGAACUUUUUUAUUUGAGUUGGAAGAUUUUCCCCCUCGGCUUUAUUGUUCAUCCCAUCCGCUCAUCUAAGUGAAAGAAAAGUUCAUAUCCAACACAAAUUUAAUCUCAUUAAGAUGACAAAACGCCAUAUCAGUGAAAUUGAAAUCUCUCUUUUCUAAUUGAACAAAAAUUCGUCGUCUUACUUCAAGAAGACGAGAUCGAGUCUUUAUCUUCCAAUUUUUCUCUCAUCAUCAAUAAUAAGGACAAAGAAAAAACAAAUUUGUGGGAAUGAAAAUAAACGAAAAGCCAUCCAUCAUCAAUUAUUUUCUUAAUACAUUGUACGGCUGGAAUGUUUGAUGGCUUUUCGUAUUAUUUCUCUUCAUUUUCCACAUUGUAAAAAUAUAUGAAAAGUUUUUAUUAACCGUGGAAGUCGCUUUAGCAGAUAUUUCAAUGCUGCUGUGCAUGUGACAAAUGACAAUUUUUGAGAUAUGUGGCAUCAAACGACAACUCCGAAUACCUAAAUAUGAUUAAAACUAAAUAACAAAACUGUUGUUGUAGACAUUUUAACAACUUUUCUUACAACAAUCAUAUCCAUUAAAAAGAAAAUUUAAUUCAAAUGGAACCAAAAUGAAAUUAUUGACAAUAUUUUUACAAGAAUCGGAAAAGACAAAAAAGAGAAACGUAAAAUUUCAAAUGACAAUAACACACAAAAGUGAACUAAUUAUUUCUUCAUCUGAAAGCUACAACCAGUGGUAGAUAUCGUUGAAUUGACAACGUCACAUUUAAUUACAUAAUAAAAAUACGAAAAAGCUAAUGAAGCUUAAACAAAUAAUUGACAGAAAAGAAAGAUAAAUUUUCAUACUUACUGUUAAAAUGAAAGGAAGAAGAAAGAAAGAAAAAUAUUUAAAAUAUUUACAUUUAAAUCCUUGAGACAAUAUAAAAACGUGAAGAUGGCUUAAGCUGUCAUAUAUAUGAAAAUUCUUUAUAAAUCUUUGCAUGUAAAUAUUUAUCAAUCUCUUGAGAAACAUUAUAAAACACAAAUAUUUCAUCUCUCUCACUCUCUCUAAGUAUUUCAUUUUAUUCUUCAGAUAGAAACAAAAAUGUAACAACAAUUGACAUCAUAAUUAUGAACAGAAAAAACUUAAAAGAAAAAUGAACAAUAAAAAAUUUUAGUUGAUAGAUAGACGUCAGGGAAAAAGCUUUUCUUCUUGCAUUUAGUGCAUAUGUAAAGAGCUUUUACUUCUGAUGUCACAUUCUAUUAUAAAAUCGAGUAAAA